CCGACGAGGAUCCCUCGCGGAAACAAACAACGCGAGCGGGCGAGCAAAGCCCCCAUACCCAAGCAGCGCCGACACGGCGACACCUCACCAAGUCAGCACCCCUCGCCCGCCAAAUUAAGCUCUGCUCGCGUCUCGAUCGGCAUGGCAUCGAUGGCAGCGGCGCCGGCGCUGGCGCGGGAGCUCCUGGAUGCGGCGCGAGCGCCGGGGUUCGUGGAGUGGCAGCUCCGCGUGCGCCGCCAAAUCCACCAGCACCCGGAGCUGGCCUUCGAGGAGCACCGCACCAGCGAGCUCGUGCGCGCCGAGCUCCGCGCGGUCGGCGUCCCGUACAUAUGGCCCGUCGCGCGGACGGGCGUCGUCGCCACCAUCGCCGGCCCCGCGGCGGCCGCCGGCGAGGGACCCGUCUUCGCGCUCCGCGCCGACAUGGACGCGCUCCCCAUCCAGGAAAUGGUAGAAUGGGAGUUCAAGAGCAAAGAAGAUGGGAAGAUGCACGCUUGUGGCCAUGAUGCUCAUGUGGCAAUGCUUCUCGGAGCUGCUAGGCUGCUUCAGUCUCGCAAGAACGAUUUGAAGGGCACAGUAAAGCUUGUCUUCCAGCCGGCCGAGGAAAGCCACGCCGGCGCGUACCAUGUGCUCAAGGAAGGCGUCCUGGACGACGUGCAGGCCAUCUUCGGCUUGCACGUCGACACGGGAAUGACAGUUGGCACCGUCGGCUCGAAACCUGGGCCAUUCCUCGCCGGAUCAGCUCGGUUGACGGCGACCAUCACAGGGAAAGGUGGGCACGCGGCGGGGCCCAACCUCACCGUCGAUCCGAUCGUCCCUGCGUCCUCCGCCGUGCUCAGCCUUCAGCAGCUCGUCGCUCGCGAGACCGAUCCGCUUCAGGGCGCCGUGGUCUCGGUGACCUUCAUCAAAGGAGGCGAAGCUUUCAACGUCAUUCCGGAGUCGGUGACCCUGGGCGGCACAUUCAGGAGCUUGACAAACGAAGGCCUGUCCUAUCUCAAGAAGAGAAUCAGGGAGGUGAUCGAAGGGCAGGCCGCCGUGAGCCGCUGCACGGCGGCCGUCGACUUCAUGGAGGAAAAGCUCCGGCCGUACCCUGCCACCGUCAACGACGAGGCGAUGCACGCCCACGCCAAGGCCGUGGCCGAGAGCAUGCUCGGAGAGGCCAACGUGAAGCUGCGGCCCCCGAUCAUGGCGGCGGAGGAUUUCAGCUUCUACGCGCAGAAGAUCCCGGCCGCCUUCUUCACCAUCGGCGUCAGCAAUGAAGAGAUGGGGAAGAUCCACCACGUGCACUCGCCGCACGUGGUGAUCGACGAGGGCGCGCUCCCGAUCGGAGCCGCCUUCCACGCCGCCGUGGCCAUCGAGUACCUGAACAAGCACGCCUCUGCCUCGGGCUCCGGCAAGCUAUUGGCCUGAACAUGCUCUGAGCAUCUCAAGCAUCAAAAUUCAAAAGAGCUGAUGAGACGAACGGGAACGUGAUUUGUGUAUUGCCAUUCAUUGAAAUUGCUGAACAGACAACUUUUGAUUUUAGUAUUUUACCAUUUAUAGUGACGAAAUAUGUUGCUUCGGAGUCAAUUUUAUGGUAGGUAAAAGCA